CUAUUGUUGCCCAUAUGCGCAUGGAAACAAGCCGCGUGUACAACAGCGCCAAUAACUAUCAUCUAAAAUGGGAUGUAAGCAAACUAAGGUUACACCACUGAAGCAAACAUCUCCCGAGGAGGCUCUGACGGGCAAGAUCAACUGCCCUCACGAACUGUACUACGCCAAGAGUCAGGUGACACCGUCCACGCCCCGUCUGUCAGGGGACGAGAUUCUCCAGCAGCUCAGAGAGGAGGGACUGGUCCCUGUCCACCAGACAAGCGGAGGAGUGGCCUUCUCUGUGCCCGCCACCGAGUGUGUUGGUUCCCGCGGCAAACCACCCCGACGUCUGGAGCAAAUCCCAGUGCGAUGCUUCUACACAGCAGAGAGGAGGAGACAGAAGGCUGACGCUUUCAGAUUUAACAAACUAGUUGAUCAAGUUCAGAGGAAACAGUUGGACAGAGAAAUAAAGCACAAAGCUGCGAAAGACGAGAAGAAACGUCGCCUGUUCUUGAAGAAAAUGAGGGCGGAGCAUCAGCUCCAGAUGAGGGAGGAGAAACUAAAGAAUCUGGACGAAGAUCGGGCGGAGAAGAAGAAGUCAUGCAAGAAAUAGAUGAA